AUGGCUGCCGCCUGCCGCGACGGGGUCUGGCUCCCGGCCCGCCGCCGCCUUCCUGCCGGGCGCCCGCUGCUGCGCUUCGCCCUGUGCCUCCUGUGCUGCGGCCCGGCGGCUGUGGGCGCCGUCCCCGAGGUCGGGCUCUGGACCGCGACGAUCAGUGACAAAUCAGGACCUUUGAUAUUUAGGAAAACUAUGUUUAACUCUACUGAGAUCAAGUUUUCUGUUAAGUCAUUCAGUUGUCCCAGGCCUGUGAAGUUUACCAUAGAGUGGCAUUUGGAGCAUCAUACCUGUCACAAUGAAUAUUCUGAGUUGGAAGAGCUGUCACAGAAACAUGAACUUCAGGUCACUGAAAACUUUUGUGGCCAUUAUUUCAAGAACAGUGAAUGUUGGACAACAAAAAAUGAAAAUGUAGAGUGCAGCGGUGAUUUACAGGUGUUUCCCCCACUGAAUAAUAAACAACUAAUAUCAAAUACCGGAAAUGUCUCAAACCAGGAAGGAUCAACAGAUGUUGUAGCGAAAACACAAAGAGAUGGGUUUCAUAUCUUUAUUGUUUCUGUUAAAACAGAAAAAACAGAUGCAAGCUGGAAUUUGAACGUUUCUCUUUCUAUGUUGGGACCUUAUGGAUAUAUCUCUGCGUCAGAUUGGCCUCUAAUGAUUUUCUACAUGGCGAUGUGUAUAGUUUAUAUCCUAUAUGGUGUGCUGUGGCUGGUGUGGUCCGCCUGUUACUGGAAAGAUAUAUUAAGAAUCCAGUUCUGGAUUGCAGCUGUUAUCUUCCUGGGAAUGCUUGAAAAAGCAGUUUUUUAUGCUGAAUACCAAAACAUCAACAGCACUGGGCUAUCAACCCAGGGGUUACUGAUAUUUGCGGAGUUGAUAUCUGCGAUUAAGAGGACUCUGGCUCGCCUCCUGGUGAUCAUCGUGAGCUUGGGAUACGGCAUCGUAAAGCCUCGUCUAGGAACCGUCAUGCACCGGGUCAUUGGAUUGGGGGUUCUUUAUUUUAUCUUUGCGGCUAUUGAAGGCGUGAUGAGAGUCAUUGGGGGUUCUAACCAUUUAGCUGUUGUCCUUGGUGACAUUAUUUUAGCACUUAUUGACUCCAUUUUUGUAUGGUUCAUUUUUAUAAGUUUGGCACAAACUAUGAAGACUCUCAGGCUAAGAAAGAACACAGUAAAAUUUUCUUUAUACAGGCACUUUACAAAUACCCUGAUCUUUGCCAUACUGGCAUCUGUAGUGUUUAUGGUGUGGACAACUAAGACAUUUAGGUUUGCAAAAUGUCAAUCAGAUUGGAUGGAGCGCUGGGUUGAUGAUGCAUUUUGGAGCUUCCUUUUCUCACUUAUUCUUAUUGUAAUAAUGUUUUUGUGGAGACCAUCAGCAAAUAAUCAGAGAUAUGCCUUCAUGCCUUUAAUAGAUGAUUCUGAUGAUGAAAUUGAAGAAUUCAUGGUGACAUCUGAACAUUUAACUGAAGGAAUAAAAUUAAGAGCCUCAAAAACAGUUUCCAAUGGAACAGCUAAACCUGCUACUUCUGAUAAUUUUGGUGAAGAUUUGAAGUGGGUGGAGGAAAAUAUUCCUUCUUCAUUCACAGAUGUAGCUCUUCCAGUGUUAGUGGAUUCAGAUGAGGAAAUUAUGACCAGAUCUGAAAUGGCAGAAAAAAUGUUCUCUUCCGAAAAAAUAAUGUGAUGGAACCCAAUAAUGAUGAAGGACUUCCUCAAGACUAAAAGAGAACUUCGUUUUGAUAAAGUGCAACAAGUUUUUAUUGCGUCAUCUUGGAAAUCUAUGUGUGAAAAUUAAGAAUUUAGAUGGUAGGAGGUUUCUGUAACCCUUUUUAAACUGACCCCUGAGUGCCAGUUUCAUGUCCAUUACAUUGCCUAAUUGGCAAUGAUCUGAGAGAAGUAUUAUAAUAGAGAUAGGUUCCCAGCUACCCUUAGCUGACGGGUGGCAGACAUGUGGAUUUGGGCAUGUGGGUUCUCUCUCUUUUUUUUUUUCUUUCUGAAAAAUACGACAAUUUUUUUUUUUAAUACGACAAUU